AUGUAUAAAUCGUUCAAGUCUGAAAAACAGAGAAUGUUGUCCUGUACCACAAGGCUUCACGAUGGAAACAGAGGACAAUGUCAUGAAUUCACGGUUCGUAGAUGGAACGUAACGUACAGCCAUUUCAAAGAGUUCCAGAAGGAGGACGACCGUAGUUUAUGGCCUAACCCUCUUUAUACCAGAGUGUGCAAAUGCAAUGCGAACUUUGGUGGUUACGACUGCGGUGACUGUGAAUUCGGUUAUCAUGGCACAAAUUGUGACCAAAAGACAAUCUUGAAGCGAAAAAAUUUCCAGACAAUGUCAGACGAGGAGACAGACCGCUAUAUGCGAUACGUCAACUUGUCGAGGUAUGAAUCAGAACUGAGUUAAUGAAUAAAGAGAGCCCAUAACUGACUUUUGGAACUGGUGUAGAACUCUAUUUUAUUUUAUCCUUUUGCUUGGCCAAGUACAAUAGCAAAGGUACUUUAAAAAGACGCAGAUGACUGAAAUUAAAAAUAUAAGAAGGGGGAAUAGUUACCGGCAGUGACUAUGAGCGACGUUACAGAGAAACGCAAGUCACAGUUACGGCGAACACCGAAAAUGGGAAAAAAUAGUUGUAACGUUGUACAUGUUACAAGUGUUUUCCAGUGCUAAUAAACUUAUGGAAUGUGUUCUUCCGUUCUGUUUAGAGAGAAAUUCGCCUAUAUCGUCUUCGGUAAGCCGUGACCUCUUUCAUCAUUAGUUCCUAAACCAAAACAGCUAGGCUGCCGCACCAUCACGAAAAAAUGAGGUUGCGAUUGUAUACUGGGGCAUUAUACCAUUGUCUCAUGGUAUAUUGCUCGUAUCUUUCAAAUAUAGUCAGCGCCUGGUGGGUGCAUAUUAAAUGAACAGUGAUGAAUAAUAAUUACAAAGAAUGAAUAACUGAACUGAACUGAAAGAAUAAAGGGCUAUCAGGAUGUUCAAAGGGAGUAUCCGAAAAUGCAAAAUUUCGGUAAUGUUAAAGAUAACGUUAUUGUACGGCUACAACUGUAGUUACGCAGUGCCUCAAAGGGUUCAAUGCAAGGAAUAUAAUCUCCAAUUCAUGUUAUUAUGUAAUUCAUGUAUCUACUUCGCCCACGCCAUUAAAAUUGUUUGAUAUAUUGUCAUUUCCUCUUCGCACAAUACACUUGUUUUCCGCAGGUUUGCUAUCAGCGAUUAUAUGGUGACGACGGCUGCGUACGAUGAAAUACGGAAUGAAAGUGACCACGGGGGAGACCCUACAGGACUUUUCUCCAACAUCCCGGUUCAUAACUUGUUUGUUUGGAUGCACUACUACUCAACAAGGUACACUUUUUUUCCAGAUGAACGCGGUACCCAGUCUGGAAUUGACGUUGCCCACGGAGGGCUGUGUAUUUAG